AUGUCGGAGGUAGAACAAGCUUUCCGUAAAUUUGCGGUAUACGGUGACACAUCUGCCAGCGGCAACGAGAUGACAGGGAAGAACUUCUCCAAGAUGUGCAAAGAGUGUGGGGUGAUGGACGGGAAAGCUGUGACCAGCACCGACGUUGACAUCGUAUUCAGCAAAGUCAAGCUGACGGACACCAGCAAAUACACCGGCAGCCACAAAGAGCGUUUUGAUGAGAGUGGCAAAGGGAAGGGUCUUGCUGGCCGCCAGGAUGCGGUGGACAACAGCGGCUACGUUGGAGCCUACAAGGGAGCUGGCACCUACGACCAGACACACUAG